AUGUAGGAAUAUCUUUAAAAAAAGCUUUAGGAAUAUUCAAGCAAACCAAAUUAGUAAGAUUAAAGUUAUUACACAACUUAUAAUAACUUUGGGUUUAUAUUGUAUAAUAGAUAAGAUUAUCAUUAAGCUAUUGAAAAUCUAAGAAAAUCUAUUGAAAUUUAAACAAUAAUAUAUUAAAAGAAUCUUCAUUUAGAUUUGGCUAUUACUCAAUUAAAUAUUGCAUUUUGCUAUACAAAAUUAAAAGAAUAUUAAAUAGCUAUUGAGUAUUGUUCAAAAUCUUAUUCUGAUUUUCAAAAAAUUAUUUAAAAUGAUAAUCCUUAUUCUUUUCAUUUUGAAAAUUUGAUUGGAACUUGCUAUUAUAAUUUAGAAGAUUACUCUAAAGCUAAAUAAAAAUUAAAAAUCUCAUAAGAAAUAGCUGAAUAAUUCGAUUUAAAAAACCUUCAAAUUUUGAGCUUAAAAAUUUAAAGUGAAUUCUAUAUUAAAAAAAAUGAUCCUUUUAAAGUCAUCUAGAUAUAUUUCGAUAUUUUACCUCUUUAAGAAAAAUAACUUGGAAAAUAUCAUACUGAGAUUGCUGAUUUAAAAUAGAACAUUGCAGAUAACUACUUUUAGUUAACUUUAUAUGAUAAGGCAAUAAUAUAAGCAGAUCAAUCAUAUUAAAUCUAUCUACUAAACAAAAAUAAGGUAAAAUAGUAAUAAUAAGAAUAUUUUAUCAUUAAAUGCCUCAGUUAAAUACUUUGUUGA